AGGUUGGGCCGGACCGCCCACCAAGCACCGAGUCGGCCGGCCAGAGCGCCGGGACGGCGGUGCGCAUGCGCAGGAGCGCGCGGCGGCGGCUUUGUGCGUCACCUCGGCUGCGACGGCCCCGAGGCCAGUGCGGGGUCGGGCGGCCUGGCAGGUGCGGGCGGGAAGAUGCCGGUGGCCGUGAUGGCAGAAGGCGCCUUCAAUUUCAAAAAGCUCCUGGACCAGUGCGAGAACCAGGAGCUCGAGGCUCCCGGAGGGAUUGCCACGCCCCCCGUGUACGCCCAGCUCCUGGCCUUGUACUUGCUGCAUAAUGACAUGAAUAACGCGAGAUACCUGUGGAAGAGAAUCCCGCCUGCCCUCAAGUCUGCGGACGCCGAGCUCGGGGCCAUCUGGGCAGUGGGACAGCGCAUCUGGCAGAGAGACUUCCCCGGGAUCUAUACCACCAUCAGCGCACACCAGUGGUCGGAGGCCGUUCAGCCCAUCAUGGAGGCCCUGCGAGACGCCACGAGGAGGCGAGCCCUGGCCCUGGUCUCCCAGGCGUACACCUCCAUUGUUGCCGACGACUUCGCUGCCUUCGUGGGCCUGCCUGUGGAGGAAGCUGUGAAAGGUGUCCUGGAGCAGGGAUGGCAAGCCGACUCCACCACAAGGAUGGUGCUGCCUAGGAAGCCAGUUGCAGGGGCCCUAGAUGUUUCCUUUAACAAAUUUAUUCCCUUAUCAGAACCAGCCGCGCUGCCCCCGAUCCCCAACGAGCAGCAGCUAGCCAGGCUGACGGACUACGUGGCCUUCCUGGAGAACUGACAGCCCCAAGGUCAAGGUCCACCUUCAGCAUCCACUGGAGUGGCACACGGAGGAAUGUAUAUGUUUCCUCUUGGCUGAAG